GCAUGGCGCGGCUCACACUGGCCCCAUCGGCUUACCCCGAGGGGUUACCUGACCCCAGGCUUCCUGCGCUGCAAGCCCCGAAAAUUCCGUCCCGUCUGGAAAUUUUGAGGAACGACUUCCAGGAGCGAAGCCUCCGAGCCAAAGAGGAGAAGAUUCUGAAUCUGCUGACUCAGCAACAAGAGCGCAUCUCACACAGGGUCGCCGCCCCUUCACUGUACACUCAACACAAGCCCUAUGUAGGGCCCUGGGCCCCCGAGGAGAAGGCAUGGGCCUCCAACUGGACCGUAACCAAGAGGACUGCUGGCAUAGACCGCGCACAUCCCCUCAAACCCGUCUAUCACCACAAAGCCACCACCCGCAUCACAGACAACCAUCACCCUCCAUCAGCCAACACCACCAGAUACAAGUCUUCUCCUCCAAUACAAGAGCAGCCGAGGUCCAAAUCCGGCCCGGCACGGACAGACUCCUGGCACCAUCUGGAGACAAAGGGGUCCAGCCUGGAGGCCGAGAUUCGCAGGAAAGAAGCUCUGCUGAGAGAAAAACUGCGGAAAACCGAGGAAGAACUUCGCCGUAUACAGAGAGAGAAAGCGGAAACCCAGGACAGAAGAGGUACAGAGAUGCAGAACACCCGGCGGGGGAGGGUGGCAACAACCCAGAACAGGGCAAUAAAGACCUUCCAUGAACCAAUCUACACUGAGGAGGAUGGGGGGGACCGAGCCCAUCCUAGGGAGGACCGAUUCCAUUCAGGGGAGGACCGAUUCCAUCCAGGGGGGGACCGAGCCCAUCCUAGGGAGGACCGAGCCCAUCCUAGGGAGGACCGAGCCCAUCCUAGGGAGGACCGAUUCCAUUCAGGGGAGGACCGAUUCCAUUCAGGGGAGGACCGAUUCCAUCCAGGGGGGGACCGAGCCCAUCCUAGGGAGGACCGAUUCCAUCCAGGGGGGGACAGAUUCCAUCCUACAGAGGACCGAUUCCAUCCAGGGGGGGACCGAGCUCAUCCUAGGGAGGACCGAUUCCAUCCAGGGGGGGACAGAUCUCAUCCUGAGGUGAACAGACUCUAUCAAGACAUGGAAGCCAAAAUCCAGAUCAAGGAGCCGCCCUCAGACAGGAAGAGCAAACACCUCAGACAAGCCGGGAAUGUUACUCCAUCUCCAACCAAGGGCCCGUCCCAUAUCAGAGUGGCCCCUGACGACCGUUAUACCCACAGAUCCUCCAUGGCUGGUCCUAUACAGGAGGACAAUGGGGAGGACUUGGUUCCAUGUCAGCUGUGUGGGCGGAGCUUCAUGGUGCAUCGUCUCGAGAAGCAUACUCAGGUCUGCCAGAAGAUGAUGAACUCCAAAAGGAAAGUGUUCGAUUCCUCCAAAGCCAGAGCCAAGGGGACCGACCUGGAGCAAUUCCUCCACACCAAAGGGAAACUCAAAGACCCUCCCCCACAGGUAAAGCGCAGUUCAUGGCGUCAGAAGCACGAGUCUUUCAUGCGCACCAUUCGUCAGGCUCGCCUGGUGCAGGACGUCGUGAGCAGAGGAGGGAAAGCGUCUGACGUGCCCCCUCCUCCGCCAGAGGAAAAUCCAGAUUACAUCACCUGUCCUCACUGCAAUCGCCGCUUCGCGCCACCCGCCACGGAACGCCAUAUACCCAAGUGUGAGACGAUAAAGUGCAAACCCCGCCCCCCUCCAGCUCGGCGUCGCUGA